UCACUCGAACAGCUGUUAACAACAACCAUUCAAAAUGAAAAACAUGGAAAAAUUCCGCAUUUUUUAAGCAUUUUCGCGCUUUUUUCUAUUUCGGCUAGAAUAUCGCGCCCAGUCGAUAUAGUACAGUUGUAUCCGCAGAGCUAUAAAUAUUGUAUUACAGAACGCAAUCAAGUCCUUUCUGGAAUAAUGGCCACUGCAAAGGAAUGCAUAAGCAAAGGACAAAAGUUCGCCCAGAACACACAGCCGUAUACGGUGCUCAUUGAGGGAAACAUUGGCAGCGGAAAGACAACAUUCUUGAAUUACUUUCAAAAAUAUAAAAACGAAGUUACCUUGAUUACGGAGCCAGUGGAAAAGUGGCGCAAUGUGAACGGUGUCAAUUUGCUCGAUAAAAUGUACAAGGAUCCAAAGAAAUGGGCAAUGCCCUUUCAGUCAUAUGUUACACUAACCUUACUCCAGGCCCACACAGCAGCCACAGACAAAAAGUUAAAGAUCUUAGAGCGCUCCAUUUACAGUGCACGCUAUUGCUUUGUGGAGAAUAUGUAUCGCAAUGGUUCCUUGGAGCCGGGCAUGUACAACACACUGCAAGAGUGGUUUAAGUUCAUCGAUGAGGCAAUCCACGUACAGGCUGACCUAAUUAUUUAUCUACGCACCUCCCCCGAAGUGGCCUAUGAACGGAUCAGGGAACGUGCACGGUCCGAGGAGAGCUGUGUGCCACUGAAGUAUUUGCAGGAGUUGCACGAACUACACGAGGAUUGGCUCAUACACCAUCGACGACCGCAGCACUGCAAGGUUCUUGUGAUGGACGCCGAUCUGAAACUGGAGGACAUUAUCAGCGAAUAUCAGCGCUCUGAGACGAGUAUUUUUGAUGCAAUUUCAAGGGGGCAUGAGCAUAAGCCGGAAGCGGUGCUGGUGUCGCCCAGCAAAUGCUAUAGGUCUAGGCCCUAGGCUAUAACCGGUUUAAGGACGCAUUCAGUUUGCAUAUGGAAGCAGUUGCUUCGUUUACCCAAAACAUUUAUAAUUACUAAGUUAAAAUUCAAGCGAAUCUGCCAAACUUAACAUUUCCAAUUUCGCAAUUACUUGAAAUUGUUCCAAUAUAAAUUUAGUCUCAUCGAAAUUUAAUUUAUGACACCUUCCUAUCUAACAAUUAUAAAUUAGACAAUCUUUAAUAUCCGCAAGUUUAAGUUUAAAUGGUUAAUAAAAUUAUUCGUGGUUGCCUUUGAUCUAAAUGCAGCUGUGAUAAGAAUUCGA